AUGUCACCAGAUCUAUGGCUUUGGUCCUUACUGAGCUCACAUUUAUCAUGCAUCGCUCAUCCAGCUCAAAGUCCCAGGCAACUGGGAAAAAAACGCAAGUGACCCCUGUGUACAAGAUAGAAGGAAAGUCCUGAAAAAUUAAAGACCAAUGUCAGCAUCAGUUUUCUGCAGAAUUCUUGAACAUAUUCUGAGUUUGAAUGUAAUAAAUUUCCUUGAGACAGAAAAGCUUCUGUCGACAAAUGAGCUCAGAUUCGUAAAGCAUUGUUUGUGCAAAACUCAACUUGCCCUUUUUUCAUGUGAUAUACUGUGGACUGCUGAUGAUGGGCAACAGGCAGAUAUUCCUAGAUUUCUGAAAAGCAUUUGACUUGAUGUCCCACUGCAGACUGUCUACAAAAGUCGGGCCAUACAGGUUAGGUUCCCAGAUAUGUGAGUGCCUUCAAGACUUCGUAUGUAGUAGAUCCCAGUAUACUGUCCGUGAUGAUACUGUUCUUCAGAGACACGGGUAUCAUCAGUAGUAACUCAGGGAUCUUUGACGGGACUGCUCUUAUUUUUUAUAUACAUAAAUGGCCUGAUGGACAGGAUGAGCAGCAAUCUGUGGAUGUUAGUUGUUGUGGAAUACAAGAAGGUGUUGUCGUUGAGUGACGUAGGAGGUUACAACAUUACUAAGGUGAAAUUCCUAGUCAUUGUUAUGAAUAGUAGCUUGCUCUAAAUGUAGAAAAAUGUAAGUUAAAGCAGUUGAAUUGGAAAAAUUAUCAUGUAAUGUUAGAAUACGGCAUUGGUAGUAAGCUGCUUGUUGCAGUUACAUUGAUUAAAUAUAUAUACAUAAUAUUGCAAAGUGAUUUGAAGUGGAAUGAGCAUGUAAAGGCUGUAGUAGGGAAAUCAAAUGGUAGACUUCAGUUUAUUGAGAGAAUUUUUGGGAAGAGUAGCUCAUCUGUAAAGGAGAAUGUGUAAUGAACACUAGUGCAACCUAUUCUUGAGUACUGCUAGAGUGUUUGUUAUUAACACCCCCUCCCUCUCCCCCUUACAGGUUGGAUUAGAGGAAGGCAUCGAAAUAAUUCAGAGAUGAGCUGCUAGACUGGCUACCAGUAGGUUCGAUCGGCACACGAAUAUUACAGAUUGCUUCAAGAACUCAAGUGGGCAUCCCUGGAGGGAGGGCAAGGUUCUUUCUGCAAAACAUUAUAGAGAAAAUUUAGAGAACCAGCAUUUGAAGCUGACUGCAUAAAGAUUCUACUUUUGCCAACACACAUUUCCUGUAAGGACUGUGAAGAAUCAGCAGACGCAGGCGUUAUUGGAUGCCCUUGGCCAGCUCGUCCAGGGUCAACGUGCGCUGCACACCGAUGCGGCCGCCGCCGCUUCACCGCUACCGCAGCCACAACUUGCCGUUGCACCGCCUUUUAGGCACUACGACCCGAACCAAGAGACCUGGCAAGAGUGGUCCCGGCAGUUUGCCUUCCACCUCGCUGCCUACAGAAUUCAAGGUAAUGAGCGGCAGCCGUUUUUGCUUUCUUGUGUCGGUGUGUCCACCUACCGUGUGAUAGUGAAAUUGUUUCCCCAACGAGACGUAGCAACUCCGUCCUACGAGGAAAUUUUGUCUGCAUUAGAUGUCUAUUUCAAAGAAACAGUUAAUGUGGUUGCAAAACGGUAUACGUUUUUUCGUACAAAACGUACGGCCGGUCAAACUAAUAGGGAGUGGGUAGCAACAUUGCAAGGACUUACUAGGGACUGUGCCUUUGAAUGUGACUGUGGUCUUUCUUAUUCAGAUACAAUGGUGCAUGAUGCAAUUGCACAGAACGUUUCUGAUGUUCGCAUACGGGAGCAAAUUUUGAAACUAGUUAAUCCCUCCCUUCAACAAGUGAUAGACAUAUUGGAUAGACAGGACACACUUGACUGUGCUCAGGAAUCUUUUGAAACUUCGCCAGCUGUGUGUAACAUUAACCGGCCCGCCGGGCGCUCUCGCGCUAAGCGGCCCGGUCAACUGCCCUCGCAUACGUCCGCACAGCUGCCGCCGCGCGCUAAGCCAGGUGUGCCGCGCCAGCACACAAAUGCAGUGAAAUCAUGCCCGCGGUGUGCUACUAGACAUUCGCGUGAACAUUGCCCAUCACGCCAAGCUAUUUGCUUUUUCUGCAAUAAGAAAGGACAUGUUCAAAGUGUUUGCCAGAAAAAGCUCCGUUCAGACAAUCACAACCAUUCCAGGCCCUUUGCUUCGCGCCGGAAUCGAACCAAGGACACUCAGGCUCGUGGACCUUCGCCCAUGGACAUUCAUGUCGUUAAUUCCGAUUCGUCCAGUGACACUUUCUCUAACAGUGCCUGUGUUCGUCCCACAAAAACUGUGCGUCGACGUCGCCGGAAAUCACGUCGAUUAGCAAGUGAUUCUGUACAUGUGUCUGUUCAAAUUGCACAAAACAGUCGCUCUUGUCGUCAGCGGAACAAUAAACUUUUUGUGGACUUAGACUUUGAAGGCAAAGUGAUACCAUUCCAGCUCGAUACCGGAGCUGCAGUUUCAUUGCUCAAUCACGACACGUACAAACAACUGGGCAAACCUCCGUUGCGUUCCGCAAAUGUUAAGCUAACCACAUAUUCAGGACAGACAAUACCUGUGUUAGGACAGUGCACUCUUUUUGCAACAUACAAGGGACAAACAAAACUGGUGUCAUUUUACGUUCUUCGUUCUUCUACGGCAGUGAACUUGUUUGGCUUAGAUUUAUUUCAGUUGUUUAACAUGUCUAUUGUAAAUCAGGUCCUCUCAGUGAAUCAGACUGUGCCUUCAGACAGUGUUUCUCGCUUAUGUGACGAAUUUGCAGACAUUUUUGCACCAGGCUUAGGUUGCGCUAAAAACUAUGAAGCACAUUUGGAACUGAAAGUAAACGCGCAACCGACAUUUUUCAGAGCGCGCAAUGUUCCCCACGCAUUGCGUGAUGAGGUCGCAAGAACAUUGAACGAUUUAGCGUCACAAGGUGUGCGUGAAUGUGCGCAAUGCCUCUUCUCUUUCAGCUCCGCUUCAUCGCGUACGCCGUACAGGUGUUCCGUUCGUCUGGACGACGGAAUGCGAACGCGCCUUUCGCCAGUUGAAAUCGGCGUUGCUUUCUAAUACGUGCCUUACGCCAUUCGAUCCCCAGAAACCCCUUUUGUUGAUGGUAGAUGCAUCGGAUUUCGGGAUCGGUGCUGUGCUUGCGCACAAAGUUGGCUCCCAUGAUCGCCCUAUUGCCUUUGCGUCCAAAUUGCUCUCGUCUGCGCAAAGAAAUUAUUCACAGAUAGAGAAAGAAGCUUUGGCUCUCGUGUUUGGUGUUACUAAGUUCCAUGAUUUCUUGUAUGGUCAUCACUUCACCAUCAUCACAGACCACAAACCUUUGACAUCGCUUUUUCAUCCGACCAAGCCUGUACCUCCACGUACAGCGCAGAAAUUCAUUCGCUGGUCUAUUUUCCUCUCGCAGUACCGCUACGAUAUUUUGUAUCGGUCCACUGCUAAGCACGGAAACGCCGAUGCGUUGUCCCGUUUGCUUGUUGCUGAGGAUAAAGCAUUCGAUUCUUCCGAACUUGCUUGCAUGUUCAUUGAUUCGGAAACCGAUGAAGUGGUCGAAUCGUUUCCGAUUGAUUUUCGUCGUGUAGCUACAGCCACAGCUGCUGACCCUGUCCUUGCUACUGUUUUACGUUUUGUUGCUACGCAAUGGCCUUUGUCAAACUCUCGGAUCGAGGAUCCGUUGGUUCGCCGAUUUUUUGCUCACAAGGAGAGACUUUUUGUUCGACGUGGUGUUUUGUUGUUGCGUUCUGAUAAUGAUCAGUCCAGGGUCGUGGUCCCAGGUUCGUUACAGUCCUCUGUUUUACGGCUUCUUCACCAAGGACAUUGGGGUAUAGUGCGAACGAAACAACUUGCUCGUCAGCACUGUACUUGGUUCGGAAUCGAUGCUGCGAUUACGAAUAUGUGUUCUUCUUGCAUGGCGUGUGCCGAACAACAAUCCGCACCGCCGCGGAAAGUCUUUGCAUGGCCAAAAGCCACUUCCCCUUGGCAACGCUUGCACAUUGAUUUUGCUGGUCCAUUCUGGAAUGCUCGAUGGUUGGUUCUGGUCGAUGCCUUCAGUAAUUUUCCUUUUGUUGUCCGGAUGUCUUCCACGACGUCCUCCGCCACCAUCCAAGCGUUGUCUGCUAUCUUUUGCAUUGAAGGUCUUCCGCAGACUAUUGUUUCCGACAAUGGCCCACAAUUCAUGUCCGCAGAAUUUCAGUCAUUCUGCCAGGCCAAUGGUAUUCAACAUCUGACAUCCGCGCCGUUUUCGCCUCAGUCCAACGGUGCCGCUGAACGAUUGGUCCGGACUUUCAAGUCACAGAUGUUGAAAUUGAAAGAGUCGCAUUCUCGGGAGGACGCAUUGUUGCUCUUUUUGUCUUCGUAUCGCUCUCAGCCCCGAGAUGGUCGCUCGCCGGCUGAGUUGCUCCACGGUCGUCCUCAUCGCACUUUGAUGUCUUUGCUGCAUCCGCCGCAUCAGGUUCCUUUGCAGCGGCAGACUCCUGCUUUUGCUCCAGGCGACGUUGUAUUUUAUCGCAACUAUCGAGGUUCACGGCGUUGGCUCGCAGGGCGCAUUCUUCGCUGCCUCGGCCGCGCGAUGUAUUUGGUUUUGGGGGCCUCUGGUGAGGUGCGUCGGCAUCUCAAUCAGCUGCGCCUCUGUCGUCGCACGGGUUCUGCCGCUCCCCGUCUGCUUUCAGCGACGGUGCCGUCCGGUCAGCGCCCUGGGGACCCAUCUACUGGCUCGCCUCAUCCCCAGGUGUUACCGACGAUGCCUUCCAUUUUGCCCCAUGGCGACGCGCCGCCGCAGCCGCAGCCGCCGCCGCCGCCGCCGCCGCCUGUUCUCCCGCCGGCGCCGCCCGCAUUAGACGCUUCGCUGCAGCCGCCAAGCGCCUCCCAGGGUCACGCGCCGCCGAUCGCUUCCCGUGACCAGCUGUCCUCCGCCAUGGAACUCCCGACCGCUCCGGACCACAUGACGUCAUCGCGCGUCGGCUACCCCGACGCAAUGGAGUUCGACACUACGGCCCCUCAUGUUUCUUUACGGGCGCAUACACCGCAUGUUGACGUGCACCCUGGACUAGCUUUUCAGGCGUUUCCUAGCUCCCCUCGGACCGAAUGGCCGGGUGCGGGUGGCACAGCCUCGCCUGUUGUUAGGCUCCCCACCUCGUCGCAUACGUCAACAUGGGGUCCUCCCCACGGCGGGCGGAAGCCUUAUCUCACGACCGUUCGCCGAUUUGCGGGGGAGGAAUGUGGUGUCACCGCCAGACACCACACUUGCUAGGUGGUAGCUUAAAUCGGCCGCGGUCCAUUUAGUACAUGUCGGACCCGCGUGUCGCCACUGUGUGAUCGCAGACCUAGCGCCACCACAAGGCAGGUCUCGAGAGACGAUAUAG